GACAAACAUAUGAGGAGUCUAGUGCUCAUGGGGCGAACAAGCCAAUUACCUUGUUUUGAGUUACAGGCCUUCAAAGUUAAGCAUUGCAAAAACAUACUGAAAAACACAUAUGGCAAUAUCACCAUACACCAGUAGAAAGUUUCCAGCUAGACAAAUUCGAUGGAAUCAGUGUCUGUGUGAAACUGUGUUCAUUAUUAAAAGAAAAGAAAACACAAACACGAAUGGGUGUUUUUCUUUUAUUAAUGCAUGUUUAUUAUCCGAUUUAAUCCAAACUCAGGAAAUUAAGAGAAAAUGCUGUAACUAACAGCCAGCUUAAACUUCAAGCCAAAAUUUCCAUACAAAGGUGUUUUAUGAGGUUUACUAGUGGUCUUCGCCCUUAGAGCCCUGAUACAGCCGACUUCAUCAUUCACUCUGCAAACAGCAAAACACGCUACCUUCACCACCCUUCUACUGGGUCAUAGAGACCGAUUUCCCAUUUUCACGUCCGUAGAGGGUUGCACAGUGCUUCCAACUAGCGGAAACAGGCGAAAAGGGGGCGGGCUUAGCGGGAGGGGCAGCAUAUAAACCCUCGAGGAACAGGGAGGCAGCACACAUCUCCAGUGUACGAACAAGCUCACCAGGACACCCCAGCGGAGCCAUGAUGUUCUCUCUCCUGCUGGUGGCUGGUCUGGUGGCCACGUCCCUCUCAAGCCCAUUCCCUGCCGUCCGUGAAUACCCUCGCCUCGAGUGUUCCGAGGGAUGGGCGCUCAUAGACCGGACUUGCUUCCUGUUUGCUGAUGACUCUGGGACUUGGGAUGAGGGCCAGUCCUUCUGCAACCAACGGGGCGCCACGCUGGCCACCAUCUCGAGCCAAACACAGCAGGACGCCGUAACUGCCAUGCUGAGCCAGAGUGUGUGGAUCGGCCUCAAUGACCGGAAGGAGGAAAAUACUUUCGUCUGGGCUGACGGGUCGGAUUACAACUACGCCAGCUGGAAUGACGAAAAUCCCAGCAACUUUCAAGACGCUGAGCACUGCGUGGAGAGUCGAAAGUCCUAUGGCUACUUGUGGAACGACAACAGCUGUAACAAUACCAUGAAGUUCCUGUGCAGCAAGCCACCUGAGUUAGUCAUCACAGCAAACAAGACGGCCACCACCACCACCACCACCACACCCGCCCCCGUGUGUGAGGAAGGCUGGGAGAUGUUUGAGGACACUAUGUGCUACAAGGUGAGCGACGGACUGGCUUCGUGGCCAAGAGCCCGCGAAGCCUGUCUUGCCCAGUACGCCCAGCUGGCCGCCGUCACCUCUAAGGGACAACAGAACUUCCUGGCUGCACGCCUCACCGGCAACACCUGGAUCGGCCUGAAUGACGAGGUGAAGGAGGGAACCUUCACCUGGCAGGACGGCACGGAGCCCGGAUACACCAACUGGGAUGAAGAUCAGCCCGACAACUAUUUGCACUCCAAGAAUGAAGAUGCAGCCGAGAACUGCGUCGAGAUAAGGCCUCCGUUUGGCUACAGGUGGAAUGACCAAAUGUGUCAUAUUAAAAAACAGUUCGUGUGCCAGAAGCCUCCUAGUAAGACCUGUGUCCUUCCCACGAGCCUGUCAGCCAGUCAGAAACACUGAAGCCGCACCAUCGGCCGCGUCUAAUACAGCAAUGAUAGAAGAAGAACUGUAACGGGGCUAUUCACCGACAGCCUUUAUUUGAUUAUUUUUCAGUAUCUUUAAGCAGUAACACACCUGGAUUCCUCGAGAUUCCACUGAUACUGUAACAACACUUGGUGUCAUAUAUUACAUGUUAACUGUGCCUAGUUUCACUGAUACUAACUAGCGUCAUCAAUGUUGAUUAUUUUUUCCGUUGUUGAUUGGCUGGUGGAAAAGAUUUCCCUUGACAACCCUUGCUGUAACUGACACAAUUUGUAACUACUUUAUCCUUUUGUACGUGUUACCAAAGCAUGCAUAACAUUAUUUUUUCCGUUGUUGAUUGGCUGGUGGAAAAGAUUUCCCUCGACAACCCUUGCUGUAACUGACACAAUUUGUAAAUACCUUAUCCUUUUGUACGUGUUACCAAAGCAUGCAUAACAUCACUGUGUUCCUUGACAGUUGUUGCCGGUGUUGAAGUGGAUCACACGAAUAUAAUACAUUUCAACGCGUUGGUUGUCAACGCUUCUUCCUGACUGGGUACGAAGCAAUGUGUGGGUGAACAGAAAUAUAUUACUCACAACUCUGCAAUUACAGAGUUCGAUAAAGU